AUGAUGUGGACAACGGAAAAGCUACGCCGAUCUUUUCUAGACUAUUUUGCCUCCAAAUCGCACAAGAUUGUAAGCUCGAGUUCUGUGAUUCCUUUUGAAGAUGACAGCCUACUUUUUACAAACAGUGGGAUGGUGCAGUUCAAAAAGAACUUGCUUGGAGAAAGGGAUGACUUGCGUCGAGCCUGUAGCGUCCAAAGAUGUAUUAGAGCAGGAGGAAAACAUAAUGAUCUAGACGACGUGGGGAAGGAUACAUAUCAUCACACAUACUUUGAAAUGAUGGGGAAUUGGUCGUUUGGGGAUUACUUCAAGGAAGAAGCAAUAGGAUUUGCCUGGGAAUUUUUGGUCGAUGUACUUAAACUGAACAAGGACAAACUAUAUGUGACGUAUUAUGAAGAGUUGGAUAAAGAAAGUGGAAAUAUAUGGCUCAAAUAUCUUCCCUCAGAGAGAGUUCUAUCGGCUUCUUACAAAGACAAUUUCUGGGAGAUGGGGGAUACGGGGCCUUGUGGACCCUGUACGGAGAUCCAUUACGACCGAAUUGGAAACAGAGAUGCUUCUGAGCUAGUGAACAAGGACGAUCCUAAUGUUAUUGAAAUCUGGAACAUUGUAUUUAUAGAAUACAAUCGAACCAUCUCUGGCCUUGUUCCUCUUGAAAGAAAAUGUAUAGAUACAGGGAUAGGCCUUGAAAGGCUUUUGAGUAUACUUAUAGAUGUUCGAUCUAAUUAUCUGAUAGAUAGUUUUGCAGUGAUAAUCAAAGCCAUAGAGGAUCGAUGCAACUUCAAAUACAACGACACAGAAGAGAGUAUUGACGUCGCCUUCAGAGUUGUGGCCGACCAUUGCAGGACCAUAGCUGUUUGCACUUACGACAAAGUUGACUUCAGUAAUGACGGAGUGGGAUAUGUGCUGAGAAGAAUCCUUCGAAGGGCUGUUAGAUAUGCUCAUGAAGUUCUAGGAUUGAAGGAGGGGGUUCUUGGAGAACUUGUUGGGAUUGCUGCACAUGCAAUAGGAAUAGAACUCAAGUCUGUGGACUGUGUGAAUAAGGAAGAACUCCAGUUUAUGAAGACCUUAAAGAAAGGAAUUGAAAGAUUCCACAAGCUUGCAGAGAACAACGGGAAAAUAAGUGGAGAGGAUUUGUUUUUGCUGUAUGAUACAUAUGGAUUUCCAGUUGAUCUAACGGAGAUUAUGGCUAAGGAAAGAAAUAUUAAGAUCGACUACACCAAUUUUGAGAGCUUCAAGCAAAAAGCAGUUGAAAUUAGUAAGAUGUCCAAAGGAAUGAAACUAAACAUUGAUGCAGGCCUUCAGUCCAAAUUCCCCCGUACAGAUGACUCCUUCAAGUAUACAAAGAAUAGCAUUAAUGCCACGUUUUUUUUUGGCAUAGAAGGGAAGGAAAUCAUCACUAAGCCCAAUGAAAUACCUGAAGGAAGAGAACUUGGGCUUGUAUUUGACAAAACCUGUUUCUAUGCAGAAUGUGGGGGCCAGGUUGGUGAUACUGGAAAAAUAAUAUUUUAUGAUGGAGAGAAGGACGUAGGUGUUUUCAACGUUAUGGACACACAAGCAAUCAAAGGGUUUGUAGUGCAUAAAGGAAUAUUGGAGGGAAGUGCAUCAUACCAGGCAUUGCAGAUGUAUGAUCAAGAAUUGAGAAAAAAAAUAAUGAAGAACCACACUGGAACACAUUUGCUAAACUUCUUUCUACGUACUAUAAUCCAAACGGAGCAGCGGGGAAGCCUUGUUGAUCCAGAAAAGCUUAGAUUUGAUUUUGAGGGGAGAAAAUUAACAAAUCAAGAAUUAGAAGAGGUUGAAAAAAAGGUCAAUGAGUUUAUCCAAAGCAACACAGACGUUGAAGCUAUUACUUUAGACAGGGAGCAGGCAAUGGAAAGUCCUAAUAUUGUUCGGAUGAGAAAUGAAGAGUAUCCAGAAAAGGUGAGGGUUAUAACCAUGAAGGCCAAUGGACUAACUAUUGAAGAAAUGUGUGGGGGAACGCAUGUAACUAAUGUUUCCGACAUAGGAAAAUUCAGGAUCAUUAGUGAAACAGGUGUAUCUGCCAACACUCGAAGAAUAGUUGCAGUAACUGGGAAAAAGGCACAGGAGCUUGAUAUGGAGGCAGAGAUCUACUUGAGCAAGCUUAGCAUAGGGGAAGUUGUUAAUGUUGAUAAGACAAUUCCAUUAUUCUACAGACAGAAAGUUGAAGUGUUGAACCAAAAGAAUAAGAAGAAGGGAGAAGAGCUUAGCAGAGCUCAAUAUGCCAAAAACAAAAAGGAAAUUCUCGAACUGAUAGCAAAGGCCAAGAAUACCUCAAAUUUAGAUGACAAAACGGUGGUUUAUUAUUAUCAGCCAACAGACUCCUGUACUAGAAAAGAUUUGGUUAGAUUUAUAGGCUUACUUUGUGGUGAAGCCCUUAAGAGUAGUGUUCAAUGUCUUGUUUAUGUAUUUGUUAAUGAGGAAACUAUCCUAGCUGGAAAUGUGUCUGACAACAAAGGCUUAAUUGAGAAGAUUACUUCAAGAUAUCCAAAUUCCCAUGUAAGGGCUAGUAAAGGAAUUGUUCAAGGAAGUAUUCAUACCAAAAUGAAUUACGAAGAUGCCAAAGGUCUGCUUCGUUGA